CCUGAUACCAAUAUAUAUGUUUGGAAGUGAACCUGUUUCACCCAAACUGAUAAUAGAAAGUACUCAACGGAGAGCGAAAUCAAAAUUGAGAUCAAUUACAGGCAGGUUUGGGUAGCAAACAAUUCAACCUGAGAACUGAAUGCAACGCAUUCAUAAACCCAAAGCCAAAUAAUAAAAGAUUUAGCCAAAGCCAACGCAAGAUUUUCCCUAGGCAUUCUCAGAUUGAUUCGAAAAUCAACCUGCACUUAUGCGAGAGUGACCUACCAGUAGGAAUCAUCCUAGCCCUUAAAACGGUAAAACCCCAAUAGUCUCAUUUCUGUGUAUCUGGAAAGAGAAUCUGAACUGGAUCCAAUGCCCUGGGCCCUUGGUGUCAAUUGGUAAAAGUCCAAUAGUAUCGCCCAUGUGUAUUUGAAAAAAUCCCACCUCUGAGUACCGGGCAAGAGAAUUUUCAAAUGUUCCAUGGUCUUGUAGAUUGGGCCUGUACAUGAUGUAACCUACGAAUGCCUUGUUGAGGUGGAGGUCUCAUACAUUUUGGGUGCAAUGGAAGCUAUAAAGCCUUCAAGGACACUGAGGCAACAGCACAGGGCUGCAUGCUACGAUGAGAAUUUGAUGGAUAAUCUCAUAGACAAGCACCUGGGUGGAGAAAGUAGCAGGAAAAGAAAGGGAACUGACAUUGAGAAGGAGGCAGACAUUGAAGCCAUGAUUGCAUAUUCUGUGGGCUUUCCCAUUGAUUCGCUGACAGAAGAAGAGAUUGAACAUGGUCCUGUGUCAACCUUGGGAGGAGCAGAGCAAGCCACCUAUAUUGUGGUACGGAAUCAUAUUCUUGCUAGGUGGAGAGAAAAUGUGAAUGCAUGGCUAGACAAGCAACAUGUGAUGGAAUCCAUUAGGAAGGAGCAUAAAAGUGUUGUAGACUCUGCAUAUAAUUUUCUUUUGAUGUAUGGAUAUAUCAAUUUUGGAGUUGCCCCUGCGCUCAGGCCAGGGAUUCCAGAAAAGUUUACUAAGGCCAAUGUUGUAAUCAUAGGGGCAGGUUUGGCUGGGUUGGCUGCGGCACGCCAACUUAUGGCAUUUGGGUUUACUGUGGCUGUUGUUGAAGGCAGGAAUAGGCCAGGUGGGAGAGUUUAUACAAGGAAAUUAGAAGGAGGGGGCCAGGCAGCAGAAACAGACCUUGGUGGCAGUGUUAUUACAGGGGUCCAUGGGAAUCCUCUUGGUGUUUUGGCCAGACAGUUGUGCCUUCCACUUCACAAGAUAAGAGACCAAUGUCCUCUUUAUCAGCCCAAUGGUAGGCCUGUUGAUGCACAGUUAGAUUCUAAGGUAGAAGAUUUGUUCAAUAAAUUGCUAGACAAGGCAAGUCAGUUGAGACAAUUGAUGGGGCAGUUAGCAGUGGAUAUAUCUUUGGGUGCAUCUUUGGAGACAUUCAGGCAGGUGUAUAGUGUGGCUGGAAAGUCAGAGGAAAGACAAAUUUUGAAUUGGCAUUUGGCUAACCUUGAGUAUGCAAAUGCUGGAUUGCUUUCCAAGUUGUCACUUGCAUUUUGGGAUCAGGAUGAUCCCUAUGAGAUGGGUGGUGAUCACUGUUUGCUUGCUGGAGGUAAUUACAGGUUGAUUCAGGCCAUGGCAGAGGAUGUUCCAAUUUUUUUUGAAAGAGUUGUACAUGAGAUUAGAUAUGGUAUUGAUGGUGUGCAGGUAGUAACUGCAGGUCAAGUGUUUGAAGCAGACACAGUUCUGUGUACUGUGCCGCUUGGGGUUUUAAAAAGUGGUUCAAUAAAAUUUGUUCCAGAGCUGCCUAAGAGCAAAGUGGAAGCUAUUAAGAGAUUAGGGUUUGGACUACUCGACAAGGUUGCUAUGCUCUUUCCUUAUGUAUUCUGGGAAGCUGAUCUUGAUACAUUUGGCCAUUUGAACUAUGAAACUAGUCAGCGGGGUGAAUUCUUUUUGUUCUAUAGCUAUGCUUCUGUAUCCGGAGGGCCACUUCUGAUUGCUCUUGUAGCUGGAGAAGCUGCAAUCAACUUCGAGAGCAUGCCUGCAACAGAUGCUCUUCAUCGUGUGCUUCAAAUUCUGAGAGGUAUUUAUGGUCCAAGAGGAGUUCAUGUACCUGUUCCCAUUCAAACAGUGUGUACGAGAUGGGGAAGUGAUCCUCUGUGUUUCGGUUCAUACUCUCAUGUUGCUGUUGGAGCAUCCGGCAGUGACUAUGAUAAGCUUGGAGAAAGUGUUGGAGAUGGUCGGGUUUUCUUUGCUGGGGAGGCCACUAGUCGCAGAUACCCCGCAACUAUGCAUGGUGCUUAUUUAAGUGGAUUGCGAGAAGCAGCAAAUAUUUUUAAACAUGCUAAUAUGAAGUCAAUGACAAUGUAUGCAGAAAGAAGACUUUUAAAGGACAAUGAGUCCUGUGCUGCUCUUCUGGAUGAUCUAUUUAGGAAACCUGAUCUAGAAUUUGGGAAAUUCUCCAUUCUAUUUGACCCACUAUCAAAUGGCCCUCAAUCAAUGGCACUUUUGAGGGUUGUUGUUGAGGGACCUAGAAGUGAAGCUAUUGACAAUAUAAAAUCUGAAGACCGCACCUCAAACGAAUUCGUUUCUCAUCAAUUUCAGUCACAGUUGAAUAAACAACUUAAAUUGUACACGUUAGUGGCACAAAAUCAGGCAUUUGAAUUGAGAGAGGUAAGUGGAGGAGAUGCAACUCGAUUGUGCUAUUUGAGUGAGAAGUUCGGAGUAAAGCUAGUUGGAAGGAAAGGUCUAGGUGAAGUAGGAGAGUCUCUUGUGGCUUCUAUCAAGUGUGCAAGGGCUGGUUGUAAGAAAAGAAUGAAAGAAAGAAAGAUUAUUUUAUAAUUUACAAUGUUCGGUGGUUUAUAUGGGUUUGGGACUAUUCCGUGAGCAAAAGUUCUUCACCACUAGACCAACUCAAACAUGCUUAAGCUGCUCUACUUUGUGAUUAUGAAAUGUUAUUUUUAAAGUUUGCUUGGUUGAAGGUGAAAUACCCUUUAAAUUUUUUGAUUAAUACAGAAAUUACUCAAAGCCGCUGACAUCAACAUCAAUUUUGUA